AUGGUCGCGAAGAACCGAAACAAGAGCGGCUCGCAGCCGAGCAGCGGCGACAGAGCACCGGCGAGCGCGCAGCCCGACGACGCGCCGAAGAACCGGAGCCCGAGAGCGGCGCGCGCGGACGGCGGCGCGUCGGGCUCGCUCGUGAAGCUCGUGUCCGCGCUGUCCUACCUGGGCUUCGUGGCCGGGACCGUGAUCGCGUCCGUGAGCUUCUACCAGGAGCUGUCAAACAUCAAACAGACGAGCUCCCGGCACGAGGAGUCCGUCCAGAAAGUGCGCGGACGCGGCCGACGCGCUGCAACAGUGGUGCGGGACGAUGUGGUGGUCUCUGAUUGGCUGACGGGGCUCUCAAGUUUACAGUGUGAGUCUCAAAUUCACUGUAUUCAGACCUCGAUAGGUUCAGAUGCAGAAAGCAGCAUAGACACUGUGACACGAGAAGCGCUGACCGAAGUGUCCUCACAGAGCAGACCUGAGAGGUUUGGCUUCUUACUCUUCUUCUGUCUUGCUGAAGAUCAGCUCUGCUGUGGCCUGCAGCCGAUCGGAGGCGAGAUCCGGUCCAUGCAGGCGUCUCUGGAGGCUCUGGAGAGCACGGUGCUCAGCGUCAGGACUGAUCUGGAGCGCACUGGCCGAGCCGUGCAGACGGGAGAAGACAACACCCGGCGGCUGGAGAACGCGCUCCAGAAGCUCCAGAGCGAUGUCUCCCAGGAGCUGAGGCAGGCUGUCCAGGAGGUGAAGGCGACGCGGGAGCAGGAUGCCUCGUCCCUGGAGGAGCGCCUGUCCCAGCUGAGCCGCUCCACGGCUGAGGCCUCGGUGCAGCAGAGCCGCUUCCAGAGCGAACUACAGGAGCUCAGGGCCCGUGUGGAGAAGCAGGACGCCCCGGCAGACCUCCGGCAAGAGCUGACGGCCCUCGGCAGCACCGUGGAGCGUCUGAGCACCGCCAGCGAGGUGUCCGAGGGGAACACGGCCGUGCUGCGUGAGCACAUCGCAGCAGUCAGCGCCGAGCUGCAGACCAGGAACAAGGAGGUGGCGUCUGUGUCCGAGGGCGUGGAGGCUGUGAGGCGCUGCUGCAGAGCGCCGUCGGGGCCUCGGGGCGAGGUGUCCACGGCCAGAGCCAGUGCUCAGAGCGCCUCCGACCACAUCCAGAGCCUCGCCGACCGGCUGGAGAUGAGCACCACCGCCCUGCAGAGCCUAGAGACCCAGACCCGAGAACAGCUGAGCCAGCUGGACAAACACAGAGAGGACGCCGAGGUCCGGCUGAAGAGUGUGGAGGAGAGCCAGGAGGCCGCUGUGUCCUCGCUCACGGAGCAGACCAACAGACUGAACGCUCUCGAGGCCGAGCAGCAAUCUCUCCGGCGCUCACUGGACGACCACAAGACCAGUGCAGAGAAACAGAGCCGGGCGCUGAGAGACGGUCUGGAGGAGCUGCAGGCCAGAGCUUCUGAGGCCCAGGAGCUAGAGAGAAACCUGAACGUUUAG